AUGCAGCAAGGUGUUGGCAGCACUCCACCGAGUCAAGCGCCAGGGGACCGCAGCACGCCUUCUGCGCCGGGGCAGGGGCUCCAGCCCCCGUUGCCUCCUGAGGGUGCGUUGUCUGUAUCGGACCGCGUGGCUGCUGCAGCAACGGCAGCAGCAGCAGCAGCAGCAGCAACAGCAGCAGCACGGGCGGAAGCAACCGCUGCUACGGCGCGGCGCUACCUACAGCCGUGGGUGCUUGUUGACAAAUACAGCAAAUGGAGACACUUAGACCAAGAGGAGCUUAAGGCAUGGCAGGCAAAGGGCGAAUCCAUCUUUCGGGAGCACCUGCUGCCUUACGUCCCUUCAGAUGUAUCUCCUGCGGUCGCUGCUGUUGAGGCAGACGUAGCAAUAGCAGCAGCGCCUUCUGCUGCUGCAUGCGCUGCAGCAACACCAGGAUCGGCACCAGCAGCAGCAACGGCAACUGGCAGCGGAGGCACGCCUGCGUCUGGCCGUUCCGCCGUCAGCGCGAGCGCGGCAGCCGCCGCCGCAGCAGCAGCAGCAGGAACGAAUCGCUUUACUGCUUUAUUUGGGGGUUCUGCUGCUCCGCAUCUCUCCGCUGCAGCUCUAAGCCACCAUCCCUGGACAGCGGAGCAAGUCAGAGAUGUGCUGCGGUUUGAAAUUUGGGCAGGCGUGCCGGACGCCUUUAAGUGCUGCGUGUUGAUUCAUUCGAAUGACGCACUGCAGCAGCAGCGGCUGCAUCCUACGCUGUACAGACAGGUGCAGCUGGAGUCAUUUGGGCCUCCUCCUUUUCCGGGUUCUGUGCCUGGGCGAUGCCCUACGUUUAGUGGGGGUUUGUUGGGGCUAGAAGAGGAUGUUUGCGGUGUACAGACAACUCUCAAUCAGCUUGAACUCGAUGGGGACGCGCCGCUGGCCACCUGGAGAUCUGCCCCAGAUGACUGCGGCACAGCAACUGCAACCAGUACAUCUCGCCCCGCACGCGUUCGACUACCGCACCCGUAUUUACCCGGCAUUAUGUCGCCUGGAGGCAAGAGCCAUGCAAGAAGCCCAGGGAAAAAUCCCCUGGGGCAGCGGCUGAAGCCGGAGUUCAACUUCUGGCCAGAUACCAGCCGGAGGGCGGAAGAGUCAGAGGAGAAGAUCCAGCAGCAGCUGCAGCAGCAGGAGAACAAAGCGGGCCGCAACAGCAAUCAAGAGCAGCAAAGGAAUCACAGACGCCACAGACACUCCCAACCUCCCCAUCACCACCUGCAGCAGCAGGUAGAUAGCGAAGGUCAGGGUUCUUGCAAGAGAGAAGAGUCAAUAGAAGCGCUACUGGCGUACAUUGGGCCUAACAGCAAACUCUCCCCCGAGGUCACGCCUUCGACUGCCUCGACAGCCAAAGCCAAAGCAGCACCGCGGGUGGGGCCUGUUAUGCGGGCUGCCCGCCGGUGGCAACGCAGAGGCAGCAAGAGCCAGGCGAGCGAAAAGGGGCCCCCUUCCAAGUCUCAGCAGCAGCUCCCUGUUGGAGAGUCUGCGGGGAGGGAGGGAGGAGGCGAGAGGAGAAGUGGCUUACCAGGUGAAGUUGAAGGCGGAGGGGGAGCUGCUGCAGAGGCUGAGAGAGCUGUGCAGCAGAGCGCAGCAGAUGCAGCAGAUGCUGCGGGGGCCACAGAAGGAUCGGCAGGUGCAGCAGGAGGGGGGGCCCUCUUGGGAGGGGGAGCAGGGGGCCCUUUGGGUCGGUCUUCUACUGCUGAAGCAGAAGUGGCCUUAGAUUUGUUUGGCCGUAGAGAGGUCGAUGAACUUGUGGAGUUUUCUUCUUACAUGCGACACAGGCACCUGAAAGCGAAACGGCAGGCAGUGCAGAUGCGGGAGGCGACGGAGCGAUCUCGGGAUCGUGUUGCUUUUGAAGCAGCGGCAGCAGCUGUGAUGGCUGUAGCACGUGAAUUCGAUAACGAGCAAGACAAGUGGCUGCUGCGGCGAUAUUACACUUCAACUUCCUUUGAUCUCGCAGCGAAGGGCCUCUGGGGCCAAGGCAAGGGCAAACGCAGAGGUGCCUCUGAGUCGCAGCUCCUUGCUUUUGAUUCCCCCGCCUACCCCAGCAGAGCAGCAGCAGCAGCAGCAGCAGCGGCGCACCCAACCGCCUCCACCUCAGCAGCACCCAGACAAAGUGGCCCUACAAAGUCCUUUGUCAGCUUCCUCAGACGUAGAGCGGCAAAAGAAAGGCAGCAAAAACUCCCCCACUCCCCUCUCCAGUUCAGCAGACCAAGGCGCCUCAAUGACCCAGCAGUGCAGCAGGCGCUUCCGGGUCAAAGAGGGUCUGGGCAGCAGCACCUAAGCCCUCUCGGCGGGCCUUUUGGGGGCUCCCAUGGAGGCCUCCCAUCCUCUCUACGCGCAUUCCCAGGCUCCCCCGCUGCUUCUGCUGCAAGCCCUGGGAGGCUGCUGGCUCCCGUCGGAGGGGCCCCGAGUCCAGGCCGUACAGCCGCCGCGCUGUUGGCGCCUCCUGCUUGUCUAUCUCCCAACUCUGGAGGGUUGUGGAGCAAGCUGUCGAAUGUUAAGAACAAAAUCAAACCGAAGGGGGCUGCCGCUGCUGCUGCUGCCACACAGACCAGUAGCAGCAGCGGCAAUAACGCAGGCAACGCUUCCGUCAUCAACUGGUUGAAGCAGGCAGCGCGCAGCAACAGCGACAUCUGGGGGGCCCCCCCCACGGGAAAGAGCCCGCAGGGGGGGCCUUCCUGGGGCCCCCUUGGCGGGCGCGCAGGGGUAUCAGCUGGGCGCUUUUCCUUUGCUGCUGGGGAGUCGCCUAUGUUUUCGCAGCAGCCUGCGCCUCGAAAGAGUUUCUUAUCUCGUAUACUGCCGGGGAUGGGUUUGUGCAGAAGGGGGAAACGGGAGGAACAGGAGCUGAAGAGAAUUGACUUCUUAAGGAAUGCGAUGCGAGCUGGAGACGAUCCCUUUGAGACGAACAAACUCGCUGCUGCUGCAGCAAGCGCUGCCGUGCGAGAUAUCCGCAGACGCAGCAGCAGCAGCACACUCAGUGAAGACCUCAUUGAGUCUGCUAAGGGAGCAGCAACUGCAGCAGCAGCGGCAGCAGCAGCAGAUUUCCCGCCUCUUAGAGGGGGCAGCCUCCAUGCACUCCCAGAAGAUGACGCGAAUGAGGGCCUCCUCCCAGAAAGCCAGUGGUCCCUCGAGCAGCGGAUGCAGCAGCAACAGCAGCAACAGCAGCAGCAAGAGGCGCAGCAGAGUCAGAGCGCUGCCCAGUCCUCCUCAGUCCCAAAUGCAGCUUUGCAGGGGACAGAUGCAGCAGCAACAGGAGCAGCGACAGCAGAAGGGGCCCCCUUCUUGCGUUACAGGAGCGCCACUAUGCCAGACCCUCAAUACAAGUCUCCCGUGCUGCUUCUGCCUCCCCUUCCACCCAACAGCGUUGACUACUACGAACAACAGCAGCAGCAGCAACAACAGCAGCAGCAGGAGACAGCGGAAAGCUCGCCCAGUAGAUCACCGGUACAAGAAUCCAAGAGCUGGGAAGAACAAAUUGAAAAGGCGGACGGGACGACGGUCUAUUUCCUAGAGGACGUGACGGAUUUCUCUCGGUUGUUGAAUCCAAGCGGGCAGGCAGCUGCACGGCGGCUGUUGUGGGCACUCUUUGCUUUUUUUAGAGGAGGCUUGGAGUUCUGUCCGGCUAAUAGCCAAGGGCUGAAGAGUGUAACUGUCUUGCGGAGUGUCGGCGCCUGUGCAGUGUCAGUGGAGUUAGUGACUGCUGUUGUGGAGGCAAUAAGGCUGAAGUUUCCGCGUCUGUUUCUGCACAUGCGUCACUUGGGGGUUGACGUGCCGGCGUGGGCGGCUCGGGGGUUGCAGGAUGCCUUUGCGCGUCUUCUGCCUUUUGAUUUUGUCCUCCGCAUUAUGAGCGCCUUUCUCUUCGAAGGCAGUUUGGCCCUAUGCAAGUUCUCCCUCGCCCUGGUCCAGCUUCUGGAGCCGGAGUUGAUGGCGUGCGACACAACUGAGGCUGCCGAAAGAGUUCUUUAUCGCUGCAGCACAGACCCGCGGCUAAGCAUCAACGAAUUAUCUUCCACGGCCCAAAACUUAAAGCCGCACAUUUGGCGUGUUGUUGGGGACGGCACCACAGGGCUGCAGAGCCCCUACCUCAUGUCCACAAAAAUUCACGAAUUCUUGACAAUUCGCCCGGAAGGCAUCUCAAGGAUCAUCACUUCUUUAGAUACCUGGGAGACACUUUGGCGCUGGUUGCCUGACAUACUCAGAUAUUCCACUCCCUUCUUAAUCUUCAGCAGCAGCCACGACGGGUUCACUUUAUCUGCUCUUUUGAAUCGUGCUUUAUAUUAUUCAGCUCCCUUCAUUUUCCUCGCCACAAGCGACAAUCACGAUGUCUUUGGGUUUUUCUCUCCCGUUCCCUUCGAGAAUCACAAGACCUCAGCUUGCUUUUCGUACAGCGAGGCUUUUGUGUUUACUUUGUCUCCUCUUCCCCGCGCAUUUUGGUGGACGGGCGCCAACAGUGCAUUUCUUCGCGUGCGCAGCGAAGGGCUUUUCCUUGGGAGUGAUGGCGUGGCCUUGUGGGUAGACCCUGACCUCUCGCGCUGCCGCAGCAGCGCCUCAGCUUCGUUUGGUUCUCAAAGUCUUGUCACUUCCGAAUUCGGCGACUGUUCCCUAUUGCAAAUUGAAAUUUGGGGCCUUCGUUGA